GUACGCGAUGACGUAGCCUUUCAAUAGUAGCUAGACUCUCUUGGCUGUCUCUUAUUAUGAAGUGUUGCACAAGAGGAAUACUGUUGUUGAGUGAGCCCCUCCCCUGAUGGUUACCAAUGUCAAAUUGGUGCGCCAGGAGCAUAAAUAUCCAGACAUUGGAGCUCUGAGGAAGACUGAGGCACAUAAGGCUCCCACCAUGCCAAGGUCACGAUACUGAGAGGAGUUCUUUGCUGGCGUGACUGACAGAGAUGUGGUGAUCACCAAGACAGGAUAUACUAAUUGGAAAGCCACGCUGGAAAAGGAAAGGGGAUUCCAGAAGCUCGUAUCUAGUCACUUCCAUUGAAAUGCAGCAAACAAAUGGGCAGAAAUGAAAUAAGAGAAGAAAACUGUUGAAAAUCUAUUACGUUUAUUGAGAGAAACACAGAGGGAAAGAAAAAUCUGGCAUUUACUGUAACGUUUCCAUGGAUGUGAAAGAGGAGGCGUGUGAGGCUGGCAUGAAUUUAAUGGAGAAAAGAUCCGUAAUUGAUAAGGAGGAGGACUGUGAAUGGGAGAGUGUCCAGCCUAAACAGGAGAGUCUAGACAUUAAGGAGGAGGACUGUGAAGUGUGGACAGUGAUUAUUAAAGAGGAGGACAAAGAGGAGAGUGUCAGCACAGAGAAAUACGACUUUAGAAGUACUGAGAGUGUCCAUGAAGAUGACCUUCAUCAAGAUGGAGCACUGACCGGGUUAGUCUCUUCUCAUAGCAGACACUCUUUAUCUGCAGAGUCUUCUAUCAAUGUAAAAUAUGAAUCAUUGCAGUCUGAGACAAAUACAACUGAAGAAAUGUCCUCUCCUAGGACUCAGGAACAUCAGCCACCACCUAAAAAGUCCUCCAAAACAAGAAUCAAACGUCACUGCUGUUCUGAAUGUGGGAAACAAUUUUCUGGCAUAAGUAAUCUUCGGAGGCACCAAAGAAUUCACACCGGGGAGAACCCACACAGUGAUUCUCUUCUGAUUCACGUUAAAACUAACUCGGGAGUGAAGUCAUAUUCCUGUUCUGAAUGUGGCAAACAAUUUUCACGAAGAAACAACCUUUUUGAUCAUAAAAGAAUUCACACAGGGGAGAAGCCGUAUUGCUGCCCUGAAUGUGGGAAACGAUUCUCUCACUGUAAUACUCUUCAGAAACACGUUAAAUCUCACAAAGAAGAGAAACUGUAUUGCUGUUCUGAAUGUGGCAAAAAGUUUUCACAACAAAGCCAUCUUCUGCGCCACCAAAGAAUUCACACAGGGGAGAAGCCGUAUUGCUGCCCUGAAUGUGGAAAACAAUUCCUUCACUGCACUAGUUUUCGGACACACAUUCUAACUCACUCAGGAGAGAAGCCAUACUGCUGUUCUCAAUGCGGCAAAAAGUUUUCACAGAAAAGCCAUUUGAAGAGCCAUCAAAGAAUUCACACAGGAGAGAAGCCGUAUUCCUGCCCUGAAUGUGGAAAACAAUUCACUCACUGUAGUCCUUUUCACAACCACCUCAAAACUCACACAGGGGAGAAGCCAUAUUGCUGUUCUGAUUGUGGCAAAACGUUUUCACAAAGAUGGCAACUUCGCAGCCACCAAAGAACUCACACAGGUGAAAAGCCAUAUUGCUGUGCUGAAUGUGGUAAACAUUUCUCGCACAGUAGUACCCUUCUGAUGCACAUUAAAGCUCACUCAGGAGAGAAGCCAUAUGGCUGUUCUGAAUGUGGCAAACAGUUUUCACAAAGAAACAACCUUUUGAUUCACAAAAGAAUUCACACAGGGGAGAAGCCAUAUGGCUGCCCAGAAUGUGGAAAACAAUUCUCUCGGCUAAGUUCUCUUCAGAUACACAUUAAAACUCACACGGGAGAGAAGCCAUAUUGCUGUUUGGAAUGCGGCAAACACUUUUCAGAAAAAUGCCAUCUUCAGAGCCACCAAAGAAUUCACACAGGAGAGAAGCCGUAUUGCUGCCCUGAAUGUGGAAAACGAUUCACUCACUGUAGUCCUUUUCACAACCACAUUAAAACUCACACAGGGGAGAAGGCCAUAUUGCACUUCUGAAUGUGGCAAACAGUUUUCAUAAAGCAACAACCUUUCGGAUGACAAAAGAAUUCACACAGAGCAGAAGCCAUAUCUACUGUUUUUGACUGUGGCAAACACUUCUCAAAAAGACAUACUCUUCAGAUCCACCAAAGAAUUCACACAGGGGAGAAGCCAUAUUGCUGCCCUGAAUGUGGGAAAACAGUUCUCUUGCGGUAGUACUCUUCAGAUUCACAUUAAAACUCACACCGGACAGAAGCCAUGUUGCUGCUUCGAGUGUGGUAAAAUGUUUUCAUCAAGAUGCCAUCUUUAUAGCCAACAAAGAAUUCACACAUAACAGUUCUCACACCGUAAUAUUUUUCGGAGGCACAUUAAAACUCACUCAAGACUGGAGAUAAGCAAAAAGGGUAAAAAUGAUCCUUAGAGGUUAGAUAGAUAGAUAGAUAGAUACUUUAUUAAUCCCUAGGGGAAAUUCACAUAAUCCAGCAGCAGUAU